AAGAAUUCGGAACAUCACGCCUCUGUCGAAUUAGAUUGACUUGCGUUUCACAGUAUGACGAACGAUUCGUUUACACACGGUAUCACGGUUGAAGACGGGGCUGGUGCCUUACCUCCAACAUGCCAAGUGGAGCCUUCCCGAUUGGUACAUAGGCGUUGGACGCUACAACCUUGUCACAACAUUGGAACCUCUUCCCAGCAAGACUUUACCAAUUCACCCCACCUACCGCCAAACACCACCACUUCGAAUCCUUCUCGAACCCCGGGCAUCACGGUCGCGCACCUCUAUUGAUACGAUCGACACCGACUUUUACACCGAAUAAAUCAUCAGACAUGGCUGGCGGUGGAAAAGGAAAGACAGGUGGCAAGACAGGAGGCAAAGGCGAUGCGCAAGUCAAGACUCCCAAGUCGCACUCCGCCAAAGCCGGACUUCAAUUCCCCUGUGGUCGCAUAAAGCGUCAUCUCCGAAACCUAACGCGACAAAAGACGCGCAUCGGAGCUAAAGCCAGCAUCUAUCUGACCGCUGUGCUCGAAUACCUGACUGCCGAAGUUCUCGAGCUCGCAGGCAACGCUGCCAAGGAUCUCAAGGUCAAGCGCAUCACGCCACGCCAUCUUCAGCUUGCCAUCCGAGGUGACGAAGAACUGGACACCCUCAUCCGAGCUACCAUCGCUUUCGGAGGUGUUCUACCACACAUUAACCGUGCACUACUACUCAAGGUAGAGCAGAAGAAGAAGGGUGGUGCGGCAAAGGCUGGUGAGGUGUAGGUGCUUGGAUAUCCUGCCAGCGAGCGCACGCGCCCCGACCGCGGCAAACUUGACCAACCCACAAGCCAACCUCGGUUUGGCGAUAAGAGGAGGCAGUGAAACGCCUAGCCUUAGCAUGUGUAUGAAGAGGCACGCUCUUUGUCUGGCUUUUCUAUCUACCGCAGUCUUGUUGAUGAGGAC